UCGCAGCCCAUGAGCGUGACGGACGUGCUCAGCCGACCGCCGACUUCACCCUCCAAGAGAAGUGCGAAGCAGUUCGACGACCGACCUCGGAAACAUCGUCCCACCUUCUUUCCUCUUGGAGACCGUAAAGACACACCAGCCCCUCCUACCUUUGGCGGUUCAAACCUUCCAGUACGACCGGCAACUGCCAAGAGCAGCGCUUUGGGGAUGAUUUCGAUGGGUGGAGAAAACGCAAGGAAGGCAGCGGCCAGUGCCAACAUGUCAUCCCCAUUUUUCACCAGACCGGCCUGGUCCACUCCAGAGCAAGACGACAUUCAUACUCGCAGGAUCCGCCUCGGCUCGUUAAGCAGUGCGGCAGACAGCGGAGCAGACCUAUCCAUAUAUGGAGACUCGGACGCAUCCAUUCGCGAUCUCGACGGCGACAUCGAUAUGGACCAUGCCGAGUCGGCAACACCUGCAUCCUACGACUUCACCAAGACACUCCCUCCCGAGAUAGUGAUUUCAAUCUUUGAGUAUGUGGACGCUCAGGACCUUCAUUCAGCCGCCCAAGUCAACUGGAAAUGGAACGCCAUGACCAAGGACACCCAGGUCUGGCGCACAGUCUUUUUGCGCAGAUACCAGCGACAGGUCCUCACCGAUCCAGCUCCAAUUCAAGUCGGCGGCGCCGGCCUUGGCCGACCUAACAGGCCAAACCAAGAAUGGCGCAAGAUGUACCAGGCUCGUCUGGAGCUGGAGAAGAACUGGCGUGCAGGUGCACAUGAUGCGGGCAAAGCGGUAUACCUCUCCGGACACACAGACUCUGUCUACUGCUUGCAGUUUGAUGAGGAGAAGAUCAUCACUGGUUCGCGUGAUCGAACCAUUCGUGUCUGGGAUAUCAACACCUACCAGUGCCUGCGCGUUAUUGGCGGUCCCAACGUACGUCCUGUCCUUGGACCUAAGGUGCUCAGGACAGUUGACUACCCGUCAUUCCACAUGGCCACUGCCAGUGUCAAUGGUACCGCCUACGGCAACAGCAUCUACCACACCCCGAGCGAAUGGCACGACGCCAGCAUUCUUUGUUUGCAAUACGACGACAAGAUUCUGGUUACAGGAUCUUCCGACUCCGACCUCCUUAUUUGGGACAUCAAGACUUAUCAACCGAUCAGGCGUCUUAGGAAGCACACUGGUGGCGUCCUCGAUGUGGCACUCGAUGCAAAACACAUCGUUUCCUGCUCCAAGGAUUCUCGGAUCAUUGUGUGGGAUCGUGAGACAUACGAGCCAAAGGGCGAGCUGACUGGCCACCGCGGACCCGUCAACGCCGUGCAGCUUCGUGGCCACCUUUUGGUCAGCGCUAGUGGAGACGGCAUCGCUAGGCUGUGGGACCUCAACCAGAUGAAGAUGAUCAAGGAGUUCAGCGCGAAGGAGCGAGGUCUUGCUGCUGUGGAGUUCUCCGAGGACAUGAAGUACGUCCUUGCAGGUGGCAAUGACAACAUCACCUACAAGUUCGAGACCGACACUGGCCGUGAGGUCAUGCAAUUCACUGGUCACUCCCAGCUUGUCCGUUCUCUCUGGCUUGACAGCGCCAACGACCGCGUCGUUUCCGGCAGCUACGACCUUGAUCUUCGUGUCUACGAUUUCGUCACGGGACAAGAACUGUGGCGAGGUGAGGAGUGGACCACAUCGUGGAUGCUCGCAGCCAAGUCCGACUACCGCCGCAUCGUAGCUACAAGCCAAGAUGGUCGAAUCCUUCUGGUCGACUUCGGCAUCUACAAGGGUGCUCCGAACUAUACCUCUCGAGACGGCAACGUCAUCGAGAACCUCGAUCUGUUGCGAGGAACUGAUCACACGACCGAAAUCGUCUGGCGCAACCCCGUCUGGCCAAAGAAGACCUCGAGCCAACGUCACUAGGAGGACGGCUGGCAACGAUCCCCGUCUGGCACUGAGCCCAGUAAUGGAAGCGAUCAGAUUGAGGUUCACGCUCCCGGCCUAACCUUCAAUCAGGCCAUGUAUCACGCUUUCCAUCAUACCUUCGGUCGGAUCCUCCGCGAUGAUAUCAGGCCAACGACCAGUGCUUCCGACUCUGCCAUUCCAACUCCGAUAUACUACAAUCCAGAUCCAGCAAUUCUCCCGCGCCUUGCAAGUAUUACGUCAGCGCAUAUUCUAGCUUCUGCGCCUCGGUCGAGAACCGCUAGCCUUGCUCCUGCUUUGCUUGCUGCAAUGACCGCAAGAGUGCAUGCUUCAAUGCAGCGCUUCGCGGACGAGACGGCAACCUCAUUGUCAAUGAGUGCCGACUGGCCUCCUCCCGCGUCUUUGCUCAGCAGCCCGCGCCUGACCCCUUCAAGUCAGCACAGCGCAUCAUCAGACGACACGACUUUCUAUGAGGACUGGAUCCGCGUUGCACCAAUCGAUGAGGACCCUGACGCCCCAAACCCUUUCACAAGCUCACGAUCCUCUCCGUCGAACAGCAAUACCAUUCCAGAAACUGCGGUUGACGACUCGCCCUACGCAGAUGAUGAAGCGAUUCAGACGAUGUUGGACAACCUUUACAUUCCUUCAGCAUCAACCAUAUUGGAAGAAUUCCAUGCACAGUCUCGCGGUGCAACAUUGGAUGCGCGCCCGGAAGCAGUUUCAAUCCCACGCCCUGCAUUGCAGCGUUCUCGCGCGGACAGGAGCACAUCCACGGGUAGGCACUCGCACUCUCGAGGGUUUGGUGCCUACAUCAAUAACUUCAUCAAUGGUCCUACCCGCGAGUCAGUCGCCGGUUGGGAUAAGAACCUUCAAAGCGCGCUGGAGGGUCGGGAGUUUGGAGAGAAAGAUCGUGGUAUUCGCCAUUGAAGACUCGUCUGUCGAAGUCAAUUACUGGACGGUGCGAAGCAUACAUCUUUUAACAACACGGUGUUACACAGAACAUCAUUAGGGCGUUGCAGGAGGCAAUGAAGUUGACUUUCUUCCUGGGAGUCAAGGCUGUUUCUGUAUCAUCGAGAAGCGGUCUGCGUACCAUUCAAUAUUGGCGUUAUUCGGAUUCGAGCAUUACGACUAAGCU